CUAGAAGUGGAAUAACAGAAAGAGAAAAAAAGAGAAAUCAAGGGAGAAAGGAAGAGUGGGGGGAUUUCAAGUGUUUAUUUUUUUGGAGGCGUUGUAGAUGUGACGAACAAAUGGCGAGGAGGAGGGUAAGCAAGGAAGAAGUUGUACAGAAGCUCAAGGACGACGGCGAUUUCGACCGUCUCCGCGUCAAUAUCAUACGUCGCCUCAAAGAUAACGAGGAAUUACGAAACAAGAUGAUAUCACUUGUCAAGGAGUCUACAGCUUUGAAUCGACCGUAUGCUCAAACAAUGAAACUCAGGCAGCUCUCUGAUGCUAUAUUCCAACAAGUCGGGAGCAAGAUGUUGAGCCAGCUCUCGGAUGGGUUGUGGGGGAUAAUAAGAUCAGAAGACGGGAUGAGGAGCGAGAUCAGAGAAACCGUGCAAUCCGUCUACGCUACAUUAUCAAACCCAGGAGGCCUUCUUCAAGAGGGACCAUCCACGAGAGAAGCUGAACAUCGUAACAUCCCAGCACCGGUUCGGAAAGGUGAAACCGGUGCUGGUCCGGCUGGUAAACAGAAGCAAGAGGUGAUUCGAGGAGCUGUUAUUGAAAACAAAGGAGAAGCAGCAUGUAGUAUUAGUAGCAGCAACAGAGUUAAUUACUACAUUGACAACAACAACAGUGAUGAAGAAGAUCCUGAAUUCCCUCCUGGUUUUGGUUAAACAUGUUAAUAUUAAUUGUAGACUUUUUCUGCUAAAUUUACAUGAUGUUCUUUGUGUAAGAUUAUAGCACGAAAAUCAGAUCUUAUAAUAGCAAAA